UUAACCCGGUUGUGUGGAGGGGUUGACACCUGUGGUUAAAGGACUUGACUAUUAAAGCUGACUCCAGAAGCCUGGCUGCUGUGGUGAGCACUUGCUUGAAGCAGCAGUGAAGGGCCCUUUUUAUAGUAAGGGAGAUGGCAGCGCGGUGGGCCGUGCUGGGGCUGUUGGCUGCCUGCGUGGCCAGUGCUGCGAAGGAAUCUGUGCUGAAUGUGUGCAUGGACGCCAAGCACCACAAAACCAAGCCAGGCCCGGAGGGGGCGCUGCAUGGCCAGUGCGCCCUGUGGAAAGACAACGCCUGCUGCACGGCCAACACCAGCACAGGGGCCCACCAGGACCAGUCCUACCUGUACAACUUCAACUGGAACCACUGCGGGGUGAUGCCAGAGAUGUGCAAGCGGCACUUCAUCCAGGACACGUGUCUGUACGAGUGCUCGCCCAACCUGGGGCCCUGGAUCGACCAGGCGGAUAACAGCUGGCGCCGGGAGAGGAUCAUCAACGUGCCGCUGUGCAAGGAGGACUGCGAGCUGUGGUGGGAGGCCUGCAAGGACGCCGUCACCUGCAAAGAGAACUGGCACAAGGGCUGGAACUGGACCUCAGGGACCAACCGGUGCCCCCGUGGCUUCACAUGCCAACCGUUCAAAUACAUCUUCCCCCGGCCGGCAGACCUGUGCGAGAAGAUCUGGUCCAACUCGUACAAAUACACCACGGAGCACUGGGGCAGCGGGCGCUGCAUCCAGAUGUGGUUUGACCCUGCCAACGGGAACCCCAAUGUGGCCGUGGCCAAGUACUAUGCCCAGAACGGGAAAGACGCCUCUCCUGUGCCAUGGGCUGUCCUGCUGCUGCUGCUGCCUGCUGCUCUCCUGUCCCUGCUCUGAGCAUCCAGAAGCCUCUGGCAGCUCCACUGGCUUAUACAGGAAAUAUUUCCGCUCGGGGCACAGGGUGUGUUUGCCCUGCAGGCCUGUUUUGGGCUCUGGCCAGCAGAUUCAGGAUUUUGUCUGGCUACUGCUAACCCUGACAAGACACGAUAGAACCAGAUUAGUCCCACAACUCCCUUCCCCUGUGACUGUCCCUCUGAUCUUAUUGUCUGUUCUCCUGCCACUCUCUCCCAGCGGGCUCUGGGGGAGAUCCCUCCGUGUCCCUGGGGAUCUGAGCUCUGUAACAUGCAGUGACUCCCUAGCUGGGUGUAUUUAUUCUGUCAGGUUCCAGGGCAAGUCCCCUCUAAUUAUGGUGCCCUCAGCUACCUAGCUUCCUUGUCUGAUCCCUGCCACCCUGCACUCGCUGGAAAUACAGGGAUCCCCUCCCCUGGCUCACAGCCUGCUCUGGUGUCUCUGCUUCAGCAGACUGGACACUCACAUGGGACUCCAGUGCACCCCCCCCCCCCCCAAACUACACCCUGCCCUUUAAGGGUGAGCUGAUGUGCAGCCACCACCACCCUUAAGCUCCUAGCUGCAGGGUUCUGCUGCCUAGUUGGAGCAGAUGCAUGGGGAGGGAGGGACCCCCCCUCAACUCCCCUGCUGUCAGAGCUCCCCCACCCCCUCUGUCCUGCCUGGCUCUGGUUUCCCAGCUGGGCUCUCAGCAUGUGGUCAAUGGGAAGUGCUGCCUGGCUUGGCAGGAUGCUCCCAGCUCUAGCUCUUGCCUGGAGCUGGACUCCUGCUCUGCCUGGCCUCUAACCUGCUCCAGGACUAGCUGUGGCUGCACACCGUGCUCCCAGCGCUGGCUGCAGGCCCAGUGACCAGGGCCAGCCCCUAGCACCAGAGCAGAGCCUGGGCUCGCUGUCCUGCCCUUGUGCCCCUGAGCUGCAGGUGGGAACUGUCUGGAACUGAGACCUCCCAGCUUGUGAGAGAAUCUGGCAAAAUAAACUGUCCCAGCCUUGCUCUGUGCUUGUCUCCUCUUUGAUAGACACGUCCUUCUGCUCGGUGCCCAGGGCUGCAGAGCUAGAGGUGGGCCCAGCCUGGGGCUCUCGGGUUGUCUGUGACCCAAACUGAGGGGGGAGCUGGGCCUGGACCCUCUGCUCAAACAGUGGCUGGGGGGUAGAGUGUGAUCCCUGCACAUGGGCCUGGCUCCAGUCUCUGCAAGCCCCCAUGGGGGGCUCUGAAUGCUUUGACUGCACGGGGGGCUGCAGAGCAGGGUCUGGGCACUGCAGGCAGCUGCAGCAGCCUCUCCUGCCUGGUGCUAGGAAUUCAUGCCAUCUGGCCACUGCUGUCCUGCACCCAGGCACUGUAGCCUGCAGAGGACCCUGUGUGGGAGGAUGCAGGGCCCAGUCUGAUGCUCACUGCAAUACUGGUAUGAACUACUGCCUCCCGGUGUUGCUCUGGGUUCUGGCUGCUCAGGCGUAGGCCUGGGCUGCAGGCUCCCUGUCUAACGCCCCUUCUGGGGCAGCUGGCCUAGGGGGUCCCAUUCCCUAGGCCCUACUCUGUCCUUCGUGCCCCUUCUUCCCACUCUGCCCCUGUGCCAGUUCCAAGAAGCCGCCCGUGGGCUCUGCACAGGGCCUGUGCUCUCAGGCCUUGUCCCCACAGCUGUUCAGGAGCAGCCCUGCCCACUGGCUCCCUGGGUGGACAAGGCCUGAGAGAGCCCAAGAAAGUCUCAAUCUAUGAGAAAAGACACUGGAAUGCAAGUGUGUAGCCCUGUCAUCUGCUCCUGCCCUCAUUGAUCUUCCCCCACUGGCUUGAAUUUCAGCUCAGCCUGUAGCCAGGCUGGACAGAGACGCCUGGGUGUUCCUGCUGCUUGACAAAGUCAGACUGGAAUUAAGGGGUCAGUGUUUAAGGGUGAGAGUAAUUAACCCUUAGAAACAAUUUCUUAAGUGCAGGGUGGAUUCUCCCUUCCUGGUGCUGUUUUAAAUCCUGCUGGGCUGGUUUCCUAUGAGCUCUGUUCUUGCUCAGACCGGAAUUACUCUGUGAUGUGCUCUGGCCAGCAUUAGCCGGGAGUCAGAUGAGCUGGUCACAGUGGGCUUCUAUUGAUCCACUAGCAAGGCUGAGGUUGGCUCCUUCCUGCUGACCCCUUUGCUCAGCAUAAGCAACAUGCCAGGCUCUCCCUAUAGGUUCCUCUGGGCCUGGCAUCCUGCCCCCAGCCCAGCUGCUAUCACUCACCCCAGGGCCCUUAGUGUAUUGUUCAAAUCAAUCUCCCUACCCUGUGCAACUUUCACAGGGACCCGUCUCCAGCUA